CACGUCCGAGCGAGGAAAAUGGCGGAUGGUUUUUCGCUCAACGAUGCCCUAUCUGGGUCUGGACACCCCCCAAACCAAGGAUGGCCUGGCCCAUGGGGGAACCAGCCUGCUGGGCCAGGGGGCUACCCAGGGGCAGCCUAUCCUGGGGCCUACCCUGGACAUGCACCUGGAGCUUAUCCCGGGCAAGCGCCUCCUGGCCCCUACCCUGGCCCAGGAGCACAUGGAGCCUACCCUGGGCAGCCAGGUGGUCCUGGGGCCUACCCGUCUCCUGGACAGCCAAGUGGUGCUGGAGCUUACCCUGGCGCCAGCCCUUACAGCGCCUCUGCUGGACCACUGCCUGUGCCUUAUGACCUGCCUCUGCCUGGAGGAGUCAUGCCCCGCAUGCUGAUAACGAUUGUGGGCACGGUGAAGCCCAAUGCAAACAGACUCGCUUUGGAUUUCAAGAGAGGGAAUGACGUUGCCUUCCACUUUAACCCCCGCUUCAAUGAGAACAACAGGAGAGUCAUUGUCUGCAACACAAAGGUGGAUAACAACUGGGGAAGGGAAGAAAGGCAGACGACUUUCCCAUUUGAAAUUGGUAAACCAUUCAAAAUACAAGUCCUGGUGGAGCCAGACCACUUCAAGGUUGCGGUCAAUGAUGCCCACUUGUUGCAGUACAAUCAUCGCAUGAGAAACCUCAAGGAAAUCAACAAGCUGGGAAUUUCUGGUGACAUACAACUCACCAGUGCUUCACAUGCUAUGAUAUAA